AUGUGUCAACUGUCAGGUAAUUUUCUCUUUUCUUUUAGACCUGAAAUAAAAGAAUACUCUGGAAAUUUGGGAGAACCAGUUUCAGUAGAUUGGUCUGAAGAUUUGGAAGGUGGAAAGGCUGUUCGUGUCUUUGGAAUAUUUGAUAAAUUAAGCUACAAAUUCAGGAAGGCCUUUGGUGUCGACUCAGUGAAAUAUUCCUUAAGUACAGCACAUUGUUCUCUCAAUUAUGAAGGCGGAGUUUUCACUAAUAUUCAUUUCCUGAUUCAGAGCAUUGGGAGAAGAGUACCUGUCAUAAAACCUUUUAAUUUUAGAGAUGUACAAGAACCAGUUGCUUUGCAGGAACAAAAAGAAAUAUUUCUUCUUCCUACAGUUCAGGUCUGCAAUCUCCUACAAACAGAUAUACAUGUGCUUUUAACUGAGAAGCAUCCAGAUCUAUGUAUCACUACGGGCGGUGAAAAUAUUGGAAAGCAAGCAACUCUGCGGUGUGGGUCAAGUUCUAAUUUGUAUGCAAACCCUGCAGUAAUAUAUUUCCGAAUUACUUUAACUGCGUUUAAUUCAACCUGCAAACCAGUAAACAGUGGUGAUUGGGUUAAGAAGUUGCAGAAGCAGAAAAAUGAUGUUCAUUAUUUGGAUAUAGACUUGGAUUUCAAUGGUGGGAAGUUCUUUGCCUCCCUAAGAUUAUCACGUGGAGAGAGGGGCAUAUUGGAGGCUACUAUUUACACGCCUUACACGCUGCACAAUGGCACGGAUCUUACCCUCUUUUGCUUUCAACCCUUCCAGAAUCGAUUGUCUAGGGAAGGAGUUCUUAAGUUUGGUUUUGAUCUUCCUCCUCAACUUGGAUUGCUUUUGCCCCCAAGAUCAUCCAGAUCAUGGUUAUUCAAGUCCAACAAGGUACACCUCAAAUUGUUGGAAGAAAAUGCAUCUGAAGCACUGCUGGACUUGGAUGUUUUGUCAGGGUUUACAGAGGUAUGCUUGGAAGUUGAAGAAAGAACUGACAUUAAACGUAUUGCAAAGCUGGGGCUGUCACUGAAACCAUGUCCAAGUGGAGUAGUUGUGCCCUCCCAAGUGGUAUCCAUGGUCCCGAGAUAUGUUAUAUUCAAUGAAUCACUACAGGAUAUCAUUGUUCGGCAAUGUUACUUGGAGGAUCACACAGAUGACGUAAUUGAUAUUAAUAGUAACGAGACAGUAGCAUUACAGCUGAUUCGACCAAGCAAGAGGAAAGAUUUCAGUUUCUUUGAUUCUUUGCUCAGAAAGCACAGAAAUGCAAAUGAUGAUUCACAAAUGUUCAUCCAAUUCCGGUUGAAUGAGGAUGGAUGGAGUUGGUCUGGGCCAGUAUGCAUUGGUUCACUAGGACGUUUUUUCCUCAAGUUCAGAAGAUCCAUGGAUUCUCUUGAUUAUCAAUCAAAUUCUAUUACCGUGGAAGGCAACAGGACAACAGAGUUUGCAGCAGUCCAUUUGGUAGAAGAAGGUUCUACACUAGUUUUGCAUUUCCAUAAACCGCCAAAUGUUAAUCUACCAUAUCGGAUUGAAAAUUUGUUAGAUGCACGUAUCACAUACUACCAAAAGAACUCAUUGGAGUCAGAGGUUAUAGGACCUGGAAAAUCAGUUGAUUAUGUCUGGGAUGACUUGAAUUUGCCGCAUAAGCUGAUUAUCCAAAUUUCUGGCUAA